GCUUGUGGGAGCGGCGGCCGCGGCGGCGGUGGUCUCAGUCAUGGCGGCUUCCAUCUCGGGAUACACAUUCAGUUCCGUCUGCUACUGCAGCGCCAACAGCAGCGCGGACCACGAAGGAUUUUUGCUGGGAGAGGUAAGACAAGAGGAGACGUUUAGCAUUAGUGACUCACAGAUCAGCAACACUGAAUUUCUUCAAGUAAUUGAAAUUCAUAACCAUGAACCUUGUUCAAAACUCUUUAGCUUUUAUGACUAUGCAGGCAAAGUUAAUGAGGAGAGUUUGGACAGGAUUCUUAAAGAUCGAAGAAAAAAUGUUAUUGGUUGGUACCGAUUUAGGAGAAAUACUCAGCAGCAAAUGUCAUACCGAGAGCACAUCAUUCAUAAACAGCUGACACACAUUCUUGGAGUGCCUGACCUUGUCUUCCUUCUCUUCAGCUUCAUUUCUACUGCAAAUAAUUCAACACAUGCUUUAGAAUACGUGCUUUUCAGACCUAACCGAAGGUAUAAUCAAAGAGUGUCACUUACAAUUCCUAAUCUAGGGAAUACCAGUCAGCAGGAAUACAAAGUGUCUUCGGUGCCAAAUACUUCUCAGAAUUACGCCAAAGUUAUUAAGGAACAUGGUACUGAUUUUUUUGAUAAAGAUGGAGUCAUGAAGGACAUCAGGGCUAUAUAUCAGGUUUAUAAUGCACUUCAGGAAAAAGUACAGGCAGUAUGUAUAGAUGUAGAAAAAAGUGAACGAGUUGUUGAAUCUUUUCAAGCUGAUGUAAACAAGCUAAAAAAGCAAAUCGCACAAAGAAAAAAUGAAAAGGAACAAGAAACAAGACAGCAGCAAGCCAUCUUAAACAGACAAAUGUCAACUGACAACUUGGAACCUAUGUUUGUUCCACGAAUGUCCUACACUGGAUUCGCUGUGGAAGGUUGCACACUUGAAGAUUCAGAUGCCUCAGAUCCUCCUCCUCCUUAUUCUGAUUUCAGUGCAAGCAAUCAAGAAAGUACUGUCGGUCAUAGUCUUCUGGAAAGCAGCGUGUUCAUGCCUCGACCACAGGCUGUUGGCUCUUCCAAUUAUGUUUCCACAAAUGCAGGAUUGAAGUAUUCUGGUAAUGGAGCAUCCAUGCCCUCUUCCCAAAGAGCAGUUGGUGACAAUAUUGAUGAAUCUGAAGACAGUGAUUAUGAGAACUUGCUUGAACCUACAGAAUCAUCUGACAGUGAAUACUCGCAGACAAGGGAUUCACGACCCCUGACACAUCCUGAUGGAGAUUCCAGGAACAGUCAAACUUCGCAGAUUUAAUAGAACCAGGAACUCAACAUGGCACUGUUUUUUUUUUCAUAAUUGUUUCAAAACAAUUUUUGGGGAUUUAACCUGGAUGAAAUGAACUACAAAGAAUUACUGUGCACAGAAAACAUAGAAGACUUGCACUAGUUGGCUUAUUCACCUUGUGAUACAUUUUGCAAGUUUUAUAAUGGAAUCGCUAGGAAAUCAAGUUGUACUAAUGCAGAUGAGGGUCAUGGAUGUACUGGUAAACUUAGGCCGAAUGAAAUUUAUAGAAACCAUGUAGCUUUUGUUGUCAUAUUUUCUUUAUGACAAUAAAUUGGCAUAUAGCGACUAAGCACAGUCAGUCUACAAAAUAACAAUGUGGUCUAAAAUCAAAACUUACCUCUUGCACUAUCAUGCCUUGAAUUUUAGUUUUUGAAAGGGAAACAGUUUUUCAGCAGCCUUCAGAGCAACUUUCUAUGGUGAGCCAAAUUGAUCUUUGCCAGAAAAUAAAUUUUGAUAAUUCCAAGAAGCCUGAUUUGGAAGCUUGUGCUCUACCUUCCUCUAUCAGCAUGCUUGUUUAAUAAAGAAGGCGGGUUGUUUCAACUUUUUUUACUAGCCUGUGUAUAUCACUUAAAAUGAUGGUUGCCUUUUUUUUUCCUGUAGAAAAACUUACUGGUAAAUCAUCCAAAUGAAUGUCAUACGCUUAGUUACUUUGGUUUUGGUGGGUUUACAGUGACUUUAUGCCACACUAGCCUCAUUUACCAUCUCUUUUUUUGUAGUAAAUUAUGAAGUGCACAUAGCAGUAAAUGGUGAAAGACAAAAAAUCAUCAAUUCCAUCACAAUUGGACUUUGAAAACUAUAAAUUGCAAACAUCAUAGACUUUUUAUUGCAAUUUAUUUGCAAUCUGUGUAUUGGAUUUAUACUUCUUUACCAGUUAUUUUAUGUAAGAAAUAGGGGGCCUGGGUGGGGGAAGGUUGUUUAGGUUUUUCCCUGGGUUUAUUACUUCUUUUCGCCUUGGGGUGAAAUACAUAAAUGUUUAUUUUAAUUUGACUUGCAGCUCUUGUCAGAAAAUUGCCAUUUUGGAGACAUGAAGUGUGGUAUAUUUAGAGAAUUUAUGUUUGGAUGCACUUAUAUUUUUAUUUAAUUACUGCUUGUAUUCUAACUUUACCCAAAAGAUGUGCAAUUGUGCCAUUAAAAAGUUUGUGUACUAUUGGGCUGUAUCCCUUAAAUAUGUAUGGCAAAACUUGAAGUGUAUGAUGAGGUUAGCACAUACAUUUAGCAUCUUAAAAUAUGAAUAGGCUCUCCUUUUGAUUUGGUUAAUAGCCAGAAGAACAAAAAACAGUUGUUUAAAUGUUUAAAUAUAUCGAUUUACAGAGGGUGGAAAUCUCAGUAUAUAUUAUAUAUGUAAGGCAAAAAUAUGUUCAUUAGCCUCUUUUUACCUGUAUUAAAUAAAACAAAAUGGUUUUGGAAAAGUGAUGUUAAAGAAAAGAUGUUAAAACUGAUACUCUUCUGUUGGGUGUUUGUCUUAAACAUUUAUGGUCUAUUUUAACUAUUUUACAUUAUUCUGUGUAGCCUUAACUCAAUGCCUUUUGUUUUCAAAUGUUACAAUCCAUUUUAACAGCAAAUUUGUUCCAGUUUUAUUAAUGUUGGCUAUCUGCAAGCAACUGUAGUACUGGUGUGAUAAGUGCUGCUGCUAUCUCAUCAGUUUUGAUUUUCAUGUGCAAGAAAGUUUUUUUUUAUUUUUAUGCUGCACAGAAACCUGCAAUGUAUAUCUCUGACAAAGCAGUUAAAUGUGACAGUAAAAUUUUAUUUAAACCUGUAAAUAUAUUUUCAUAUCUGUCAGAAAAGUUCCAUGUUAGUGAAGGUCACGUGUCAGCAUAUGAAAAUGCAGUUUAGUUUUGA